GAAAAUGGAAAUAUAUGUUUGCACGGGACCUGAGGAUGCGAACUGCACUGAUACGAAACCUACAACCAAACCAGCCCAGCAUGCUUUUGCUUUACAGAACUUCAUACAAAGUACAACGUCAGCCCCAAGCACAGUUAGGGUGGAGAUGACAGAGUUUACUUCUACAAAACAAACAUCCCCUCCCCAAACUAACAGCACUGAAACUGAGCUACCACCUGAUGAAACAGAGUUUGUAGAUCAACCAGAUGUUGGUGCCAGUAAGGGACAAAGGGAGAGCCCUUCCAGUACAAAUGGCACUUCUUCAAACGUUUUUAUUAUCGUACUGGCAUUAAUGUCAGUAAUACUUAUGAUUUCAAUUGUAUCAAACAUUUACCUUUGGAGGAAACUAAUGCAGAGAAAAGAUAAGCCUGAAAACGUUUAAUGAGUUAAUACACAAAAGUGUUGUUGUAUCAUUACUGAUUUAGAAUACUGUUCAAUGUUUUAAGAAAUGGCACUUACAUCUGCAUGUCGUUAAUCUUGAUAAUAAAUGUAAAUACUUGCUUUGACACUUGUUAGCUGGCCUUAAGAAAUUGAAUUUUAGCUUUUGAAGUAAAAUUUGAUUGUAGCAUUUCUAAAGCAAUACAUGGCUUAAGAAACAUGGAUGAUUUUCGUCCAAGCUGAUGGUGAUAUUUAUGAACUGGUCCUGAACAGUGAAGAAAAUGGGAGCAUCUAUUGGAGGCUCUUUACCUGUGAGUAAAUCAACAACAUACUGUAAAAUUGUUAAUAUUGAAGUUAAUAGUGUCCUGAUUAUUCAGUACUAUGUAGUCAUGGACUGAGGGUCUUGGCAAUCCCAUGUGAUUAAAAGCUAUGGGGGAAAACAACAUACAUCUAGCUGCAAUACUGGGAUUAGUAACAGACCUGAUUUUUUCAGGUCUGAUUUUCGCUAUUGCUUAAAUAGUGCUAUCUACUGCGAGGAUCGUGCAUCAUACAUAAAUACUGGGAUUGUUGAAAGAUCUCCUUGUUUCACCUACAUAAGUGUAACAAGACACUCGAUCAGUUUAGACAGUCUUCACAGAAGGCAAGUUGUGUUUUUUAUAUAUGGUGUUCAUUUUAUGUAAUAUUUAAAUUAAAAAAUCAGAAGAAAAAAAAAUCUGUGGCCUUAGAAUUUGAUUGGGUUAAAUUGUUGUCAUGUAUCCAAUUUGUAAAUAUCAGUUGAUCUACUUGCAACAUUUAAAGAAGUGAAUGAUUAAUUCCUCGUUCAUCAUUUGUAAGAUAACUCUCUUCCUGUAUUUCAGGUUUGGUGCAAUUGUACAUUGUAUGCAAAUAUCUACCCACACCUUAAGCGCCUUUGGGCUUUGACUUAUGUAGUUGCAUGUUGUGAAGAGUGCUCCAUGAUGUUGUUGUUUAAUAAGAAUAAUAAUAAACAGUUCAAUGUGGAGAAACACUUA